UGAGUCUUCUUGCUUGCCGUAGUGGGGCGUGGCUUAGGGGGAUAGCGGAAGUAGUUGGUGCAUCACGGGAAAACACGUGUAUAGCGAGGAAUCGUGCGUGAUGUAUAAAUAUUGAGUCGGUUUGUGUCUGUAAACAAAGCGUCAUCAUGUCGUCUAAGAAAGAGCUGAGCGCUGACGAGCGCUUCGCCCGCGUCAAGAAGGACCCCCGCUUCUGGGAGAUGCCGGACGUGGAGCAGAAAGUGCGCAUCGACAAGCGCUUCCAGUCCAUGUUCCACGACGAGCGCUUCAAGCUGAAGUACACGGUGGACAAACGCGGCCGUCCCGUCAACCACACGUCCACCGAGGACCUGAAACGCUUCUACAAACUGUCCGACUCGGAGCAGAGCGACACUGACGCCGAGCAGGAGGAGAAGAAGAAGAAGAAGAAGAAAGUAAAAGCAAAAGCAAAGGAGGAUGAGCUUCAGGAUGAAGAGGAGGAGCUUGAAAAGGGGGAGGAGCCUUUGACUAAGAAAGCUGUGAAGAAAGAGGCAUUAAAAUCCAAAGAGUGUGAGAAGAUCAGAAGAGCAGAGCCAGUUAAAGGAGUGAGAGUCGUUGAAGAAGAAGAUGAUGAUGAACUUGAGGAGGAGGAUGAUGAAGAAGAAUAUAGCGACACUGACAAAGGAGUGGGUCUCUCCGCUGAUGAUGAUGAGGAUGAUGUUGAUGAUGAAGAUGCUGAGGAAGAAGAAGAAGGUGAUGAUGAAGAUGCUGAGGAAGAUGAUGAAGACGGGAGUGAGUCGGAGGACGACAGUGACAGCGGUCCUGAUCUGGCCCGAGGAAAAGGCAACAUCGAGACGAGCUCUGAGGACGAGGAUGAGGAGGAGGAGGAUGAGGUGGAGGACUUCCUGCGUCAUGAGGAAGAGGAGAUUGAACACGACUGGGGGGAGAUGUGGAAGGACGCGCCACGCACUGAGCAGGUCAGUUGCAGGUUAGCGGUGUGUAACAUGAACUGGGACCGGCUCAAAGCUAAAGACCUGCUGGCUCUGUUCAGCUCCUUCAAACCUAAAGGAGGAGUGGUGCUGUCCGUCACGAUCUACCCCUCAGAGUUCGGUAAAGAGAGGCUGAAGGCAGAGCAGACUCAGGGCCCUUUGGAGCUCACCAGCCUCCCAGACGACCCAGACGCAGACACUGAGGAACAGAGGAUCUAUAGGGAGAAGGUGCGAGAUUAUCAGUUUAAGCGUCUGCGUUAUUACUACGCCGUGGUAGAGUGCGACUCGCCCGAAACCGCCGCCAAAAUCUACGAGGAGUGCGACGGCUUCGAGUACGAGAGCAGCUGCUCUACGCUGGACCUGCGGUUCAUCCCUGACGACAUGAUGUUUGAAGAUGAGCCGAAAGACACAGCGACGGACGUGGAUUUGUCCACCUACAAACCCAAACUGUUCACCUCCACCGCCACCACUACAGCUAAGGUGGAGUUAACGUGGGACGAGACGGAUCACGAUCGCAUCACCACCCUCAGCAAGAAUUUCAACAAGGACGAGCUGCUGAACAUGGACUUCCAGGCCUACCUCGCUUCCUCCAGUGAGGAUGAGGAUGAUGAGGUCGAGGCAGAAGAGGUGAAGCCGGUGGAGUGUGUGAUGGAGGAGAAGAAAGGAGGGAAGAAGGGCAAGAAGGAGGAAGAGCAGAUCAGUAAAUACCGCCAGCUCCUGCAGAGCAUCCAGGAUAAAGAGAGGAAGGAGAAGGACAAGGACAUGGAGAUGGAGAUCACGUGGGUCCCAGGGUUGAAGGAGAGCGCGGAGAAACUGGUGAAGAAGAAGAUGGAGGGAAAAGACAAAAUGACUCCGUGGGAGGAGUUUCUGGAGAAGAAAAAGGAGAAGAAGAAUGAGAAGAGGAAAGGAAAGAAGGAAGCCGAGGCUCAGGAUGAGGCUGCUAUCAGUGAUGAUGAACUUCCUCCUGACGUUGACCUCAAUGACCCCUUCUUCUCUGAGGAGCUGGGAGGAUCUACUGGGACGGCCCAGAAAGUCAAGAAAUCGAAGAAAAACAAAAAGGGGGAGGAGCAACUAACAGUGGAGGAGGAGGCGGAGCUAGAGAAACAGAAGGCUGAAAUGGCUCUCCUGAUGGACGACGAUGAAGACGAGAAGCACCGGCAUUUUAAUUACGAUCAGAUCGUGGAGCAGCAGAACCUGAGCAAGAAGAAGAGGAAGAAGCUCCUGAAGAACAACACGCUGCUGGAGGAGGACAACUUCAAGGUGGACUUGGAGGACCCGCGUUUCCAGGCCAUGUUCACGUCCCACCUGUACAACCUGGACCCCUCAGACCCGGCCUACAAGAAGACCAGAGGUACUCAGAGCAUCCUGGAGGAGAAGCAGAAACGGCGGGAGGAGCAGCAGCGCAGCCAGCAGGAGGCGCUCCAGAGCCAGGAGAAACCCAGCAAGAAACCAGAGGAGAAAGAGAGCACAGAUGGUGGAGAGACGACAACAGAUUCGACAACAUCGGUGGCCCCGAGUAAAAUCCUGGACCAGAGUCUAUCGUUGCUCAUCAAGUCUGUGAAGAACAAGACUGCGCAGUUUCACGCCCGCAAGAAACAGAGGACGAAAUAGAGCCGGAACAUUGUUUGUGUGGGUUUUAGAGUGUGUGUGUGUGUGUGUGUGUGUGUGUGUGUGUGUGUGUGUGUGUGUGUGUGUGUGGAACUGAACUCAUUUAUACAAUUACUGAUGUACAGUUGUUUUGUAAAGGAGACUUUAUGAUUUAACAAAACUAUCUACUAAAACAUUAAAGUCAUCUCAGCUCUAAAA